CUCAGCAGCGCGCGCUUGGGCUGAGAGGCCCCACCUGCGCACGCAGACCUCGCCCUGCAGCGGACGCCCGGCCCGCCAGGCCUCCGCGCCCCGCGCCCGGAGGGGCGGGGAGGGGGCCGCCCGCGCGGCCGCCGCACCCUGGGCCGCUAGUUUCCGCCGGGAACCCUGGCGGAGGAGCAGUCGAGGACCCCACGGAGCUGAGUGAGGACCAGGGACAGACUGUCUCCUCCGCGGCGCCUCCGCCCUGUGCCCGGGCGCUCCAUGCCCGGGAACUGCGCCCGGAGCCGCGGCCGGGAGACAUGGAGGGACCGGGCGCUCGGUGCGCCCCGCAGCUGCCCGCCGACCCCCACCCCGCGCUUCCCGCGGCCAACCUCUCCGCCGCUCCCGCCCGCAACUGCGGCGCCGAGGGCUACAUUUACCAGGACUCCGUCGCCCUGCCCGGGAAAGUGCUACUGGCCACGGUGCUGGCGCUCGUCACCUCGGCCACCACGCUCUCCAACGCUUUCGUGAUCGCCACUGUGCACCGGACCCGGAAGCUGCACACUCCUGCCAACUACCUGAUCGCCUCCCUGGCCGUCACCGACCUGCUCGUGUCCAUCCUGGUGAUGCCCGUCAGCACCCUGUACACGGUCACCGGCCGCUGGACCCUGGGCCAGGUGGUCUGCGACUUGUGGCUGUCGUCGGACAUCACCUGUUGCACCGCUUCCAUCCUGCACCUCUGUGUCAUCGCCCUGGACCGCUACUGGGCCAUCACGGACGCCGUGGAGUACUCUGCCAAGCGGACUCCGCGGCGCGCGGCGGGCAUGAUCGCGCUCGUGUGGGUCUUCUCCAUCUCCAUCUCGCUGCCGCCCUUCUUCUGGCGCCAGGCCAAAGCCGAGGAGGAGGUGUCGGACUGCGUGGUGAACACCGACCACGUCCUCUACACCGUCUACUCCACGGUGGGCGCCUUCUACCUGCCCACGCUGCUGCUCAUCGCGCUGUACGGCCGCAUCUACGUGGAAGCCCGCUCCCGGAUCCUGAAGCAGACGCCGCACAGGACUGGCAAGCGUCUCACCCGCGCGCAGCUGGUCUCCGACUCCCCCGGCUCCACGUCCUCGGGCACCUCGGCCAACUCGCGGGCUCCCGACGCGCCCAGCGAAUCGGGGUCCCCGGUGUGCGUGAACCAAGUCAAGGUGCGCGUCUCCGACGCCCUGCUGGAGAAGAAGAAACUGACGGCCGCCAGGGAGCGCAGGGCCACCAAGACCCUGGGGAUCAUCUUGGGGGCGUUUAUCGUGUGCUGGCUGCCCUUCUUCAUCAUCUCCCUGGUGAUGCCCAUCUGCAAGGAUGCCUGCUGGUUCCACCUGGCCAUCUUCGACUUCUUCACGUGGCUGGGCUAUCUCAACUCCCUCAUCAACCCCGUCAUCUACACCAUGUCCAACGAGGACUUCAAGCAAGCGUUCCACAAAUUGAUACGCUUGAAGUGCACAAGGUGACUUGUCAGUUGCCGUGCGGUCGCCAGGCGGCCUUUGGGGACCGUGUUUUGUCUGGUCCCACAGGUAGGUGGACCCUUCUUUCACUGGUGCUGGGGCGGAGUGAGGCUCUCUGCGGGGCGAGGGCCACGGC